AUUAUUCUGUGUAUACAUAUUUUACAAAAACAAAUAGAUCAUGAAUUUAAUUCUGUUUAUUUCGAAUGUCUAUUUCAUGUAUAUUUUAUAGCAGCGAUUUCAUGUAUAUUUAGCUGUUGAGUUGAAGGAUUGCAACCAAUUUUAAGAUGAUUGCAUCGGAAAUUGGCUCCACAAAUACGGAGCCUGUGCAUAUCAGAAUUACAAGUGAAAAAGCUCCUCUAAUUAAUGGUAGAAGUGUUCUCCAACGAUUAAGUAAUAUUUUCAAGAUUGGUAGAACAGCACAUUCCCAAGCAGAUGGCUAUGUUGAAUUUAGUAAUCUUGGUGUGGACAACACUCGUACAUUGGGUACUUUUGCUGGUGUAUUCAGUCCAGUUACUUUGUCUAUGUUCAGUGCCUUAGUUUUUAUACGAAUGGGAUAUAUUGUGGGCAAUGCAGGAUUAUUCGUGACUCUAGUUCAGUUCAUUAUAGCAUAUGGUAUCUUAUUAUUUACAGUUGCGUCUGUCUGUGCUAUAUCGACCAAUGGUGCUGUAGAAGGUGGUGGUGCUUACUUUAUGAUCAGUCGUACAUUAGGACCUGAAUUUGGUGGCUCCAUUGGCACUCUCUUUUUCAUGGCCAAUGUAGUAUCUAGUGCAUUGUGCAUCUCUGGAUGUGCUGAAGGUUUAGUUGAAAACUUUGGUCCAUCUGGCUAUUUGAGUGGCAAAGCUGGACUUAUUCCAGAUGGUCGAUGGUGGAGAUUUUUGUAUUGUUCCAUAUUAAAUACUGCCAAUCUUAUAGUUUGCCUCAUUGGAGCCGCAAUGUUUGCAAAAACCAGUGUAAUGAUCUUGGCAGUCGUCUGUGUAUGUCUGAGUAGUGUCUUUAUUAGCUUCUUGACACAGGGUGCAAUGGAGAUACCAAUACCGGAUGCAAAUACAUUGGUACAAAACAUAACAGAGCACGUAAAUGGAAGUUAUACAGGUCUUCUGUCCUCUACACUUUCCAGCAAUCUCUAUUCAAAUUAUAGUGCCGAUUAUUCAAGCGAAGGAAUUAUGACGGAUUUUGCAAGCGUUUUCGGUGUUUUGUUUAGCGGCGUAACUGGAAUAAUGGCUGGAGCAAAUAUGAGCGGUGAGCUGAAAAAUCCUGGCAGAAAUAUUCCACGGGGAACGUUAUCUGCGGUAUUAUUCACAUUUAUAUGUUAUAUUUUGUUAUCUAUAUUGACGGCUGCCACAACUAGCCGCUUCUUACUACAAAACAAUUUUAUGUACAUGAUGCCGAUUAAUAUUUGGCCGCCAUUUGUCGCCGUUGGCAUUCUCACAGCUACAUUUAGUGCUGGUUUAAGCAAUUUGAUAGGUUCUAGCAGAGUAUUAGAAGCAUUGGCCAAAGAUAAUGUAUUCGGUUCGGGAUUAAAUUUUAUUAUACAAGGUACAUGGCGCGGCAAUCCAAUAACAGCGGUAUUAACUUCGUGGGUUUUGGUUCAGACAAUCUUGCUUAUCGGCUCCUUAAAUACUAUCGCUCAAAUUAAUUCAGUAUUGUUUUUGUUAAGCUAUCUCGCUACCAAUCUUGCGUGUCUUGGAUUGGAACUUGCUAGUGCACCAAACUUUAGACCAACAUUUAAUUACUUUACAUGGCAUACCGCAACUAUAGGUCUUCUUGGGACAUUGAUAAUGAUGUUUAUAAUUAAUAGUAUUUACGCUUCCAGUAGCAUAAUUUUAUGCUUAAUAUUAAUCAUUGUGCUACAUUUAUUCUCACCAAGUAAAAAUGCACCUUGGGGCAGUAUAUCUCAAGCAUUGAUAUUCCAUCAAGUCAGAAAAUACUUGCUGAUGUUGGAUUCACGCAAAGAUCAUGUUAAAUUCUGGCGUCCGCAGAUGCUACUGAUGGUUGCUUGCCCUCGCUCUGCCUGUCCUCUUAUAGAUUUUGUUAAUGAUUUGAAGAAAGGAGGACUCUAUGUUAUUGGACACGUAAAGGUUGGUGAAUUCACUGGUCAAAGUAAUGACCCUACGAUAGAGGAAUAUCCGCAUUGGCUGAGUUUAGUUGAUCAUAUGAGAGUCAAAGCUUUUGUCGAAUUAACUGUGACAAAAACUGUGCGUGAAGGCAUGCAGCAUUUAAUAAGAUUGUCUGGCAUGGGCGCAAUGAAACCGAACACAAUUGUUCUCGGUUUUUAUGAUGAAGAAACGCCAAGGAACUUUUUCCUGGAUUCUCAAUAUGCAACGACGAUGUUUGAAAAUAGCACGACACUUCCGAACAAUACUGUAUUCCCUUUAAGACAAGUAACGGGUGAAAAGAAUUUAGACCCGAUUCAGUAUGUCGGCAUGUGCUCCGAUGUUCUGAGAAUGAAAAAAAAUUUAUGUCUGUGUAGAAAUUUUCAUUUGUUGAAUAAAGCACAAUUAACGAAAAACUCAAAUUUAAAGUACAUCGAUGUAUGGCCGGUCAAUUUUUUCCAACCAACUGAUCAAGACCCAUUUGAUACAACAUCAUUAUUCAUGCUUCAACUCGCAUGUAUCAUCAACAUGGUACCUAGUUGGAAGAAUUUACAUCUCAGAGUGUUCCAUUGCGAAACUACGGACGGUAGUGAAAGCUUAAGUAUCUCAGAUUCUCCUAAUUCGAUGAACGAAUUCCCGAGAAUUUCGAAUGAGCAUAGAAUUCGAAAAUCAUUGAAUUUGUUGAGAAUCUCUGCAUCGAUUAGAAAGAUUCCGGAAUGGGGAGAGCAAAUACGAGGAUUAAAAGGUAGGCCUUUGCUUGAGCCCAAAAAUCAAUAUGAAUCAGGUACGGAAUCCAAUAAUGCUUUGAGCAAUGUGUCCCGAGCUUAUAUAUUGGGCGUUAAUCAACUGAUAAGAGAACAUUCUUCUGAAACUGCUACAACGUUCAUUUAUUUGCCUGAUCCGCCAGUCUCGAACACUUGGGAUGAGGAUGAUAUGUACCAACAGUAUCUACAAUCGUUGACAGAAUUAACUGUCGAUUUACCACCGACAGUUUUAGUACAUGGCGUUAGUACUGUCACAUCAACUACUUUAUAA